AUGAUGUUGUCUCCGAGAUUGAAGUUUUGGGAGAUGUACUUCAAGAUAGCAAUUUUGGAAGCUCCUUUGCGCUCCUUGAUUUCAGUAAUAGCAGCGACGACCAUGUUGAUGUAUGGUGGAUGGGUAGAUGGAGCUCUGGCCUUAGCGACCUUAGUUGGCUUGUCAGCCUUUGGGGUCUUUGGGGCUUUUUUGGCUUUUGGGGACUUGGCUGGAACAGCAGCUGGGGUAGCUUCAACAGCGAGGGAUGCGACGGCGGUGUCGGACAUGAUGAUGAUGAUUUACACUUGGAAAGUGAUGGUGGAUGGUGUGUCGCCACCUUCUAUAUGA